UAAGAAACUACAUUGAUGAGGUGAUAAGCAAAGAUCUGAUUGUCUCAAAGUGCAAUUUUGCCAUUCUGAUGGUGACCUUUUUACACUUCUCUCUGUGUACAAAGAAUGGGAGGCUCUGCCUCAAGAGAGGAGGAAUAAGUGGUGUUGGGAAAAUAGCAUCAAUGCUAAAUCUAUGAGGAGAUGCCAAGACACAGUUUUCGAGUUAGAAUCUUUUCUAGAGCGUGAACAUGGCUUUAUUGUUCCAAGUUACUGGCGUUGGGAUCCUCAUACACCUUCUGUUCAUGAUAAGAAUAUGAAAAAGGUUAUACUGGCCUCACUUUCUGAAAAUGUAGCCAUGUUUUCUAGACGCAAUCAACUUGGUUAUGAAGUAGCGCAAACUGGACAACAUGUUCAACUGCAUCCAUCUUCUUCCUUGCUCGUGUUUGCUCAGAAGCCUAGUUGGGUGGUUUUCGGUGACCUUCUCUCAGUGUCUAAUGAAUAUCUGGUCUGUGUUAGUGCUGUUGAGUUUCAAUCAUUAUACGACCUUCAACCCCCUCCCUCGUUUGAUGUAUCCAAGAUGGAAGAACGAAAGUUGCAAACUAAGACAUUGAAUGGUUUUGGCACUAUUCUUCUCAAAAGAUUUUGUGGGAAAUCCAACAGUAAUUUGCUUGGUCAUGUUUCACGUAUUAGGAAAGCUUGUUUGGAUGAAAGAAUCUUUGUUGAAGUGAAAGUUGACGAGAAUCUCAUCCAGUUAUAUGCCGCUUCACACGAUAUGAAUACAGCUACUAUGUUGGUGAGUGAUGUUUUAGAAUACGAGAAAAAGAGGUUACGCACAGAAUGUAUGGAAAAAUGUUUGUAUCACGGGUCUGGUUCUGCAUCACCUAUGGCUUUGUUUGGGUCUGGUGCUGAGAUAAAGCAUCUGGAACUCGAGAAGCAUUCCCUGAGUGUUGAUGUGUAUCACUCAAACAUAAAUGCAAUUGAUGACAAGGAGCUCCUGAUGUUUUUUGAAAAGAAUACCUCAGGUUCUAUAUGUGUUGUGUACAAGUUCCAAGGAAUGGGGAAGGAUCCUCCAGAUAGAGAAAAGUGGGGCAAGAUAACAUUUUUGUCCCCUGAUGCUGCCAAAAGAGCCGUUGAGCUGGAUGGAGACGAGUUUUGCGGCUCGAACUUGAAAAUACUUCCUUCACAAUCAGCUAUGGGAGGGGAUAAAACAUUUUUAUUUCCUGAAGUUAAAGCAAGAAUUUUCUGGCCUCGCAAACUUAGCAGAGGAUUUGGCAUAGUUAUAUGUGAUAAAAAUGAUGUCAAUAUAGAGUGGGCUUACACUAACAUUAUGUUGCCCCCUGACACCCUUUCAGAGACCGUUUCCGACUUAUUCAUAUACUAG